AUGAAGCUCCUCCCCUUCCUCCUCGCCGCGGGCAUAUCCGCCCUCUCCUCCGCACCCACCACCAACACAACCACCCCAUCCACCAACCUCACCGUCGCCCUCGUCCGCACACCCCCCGCCAACUGGCUCACUCCCUUCUGGAACAAAAACUGGACAUCCCCAACCACCACGCCCUCCCUCAACGCCACCAUCGCCAAAGCCCUCACCCUCAUCGCGACCGCCUCCUCCCACGGCGCCUCCCUCGUCGUCUUCCCCGAACUCUGGUUCCCCGGCUACCCCAAGGGCAUGGACGCCGCGUGGCUGGCUAGCCAUCACGCAGCCGACUACGUCGCGCAGUCGCUCGCCGUCAACAGCACGCAGUGGCACACGCUGCUGGGCGCCGCGCGGCGCCAUGGCGUCUACCUCGCACUGGCAUACUCCGAGCGUGCCGGUGAUGCGAUUUACAUGGGCCAAGCGCUGAUAUCGCCGUCCGGCGCGCCGCUGAUCGUGCGGCGCAAGCUGCGGCCGUCGGGCAUUGAGCGGUCGUUCUGGAGCGACGGCGACGCCGCCGACGGUUUCCGCGUCGUCGACACGGCGACUACUUCCCAACAACAAGACUUCGGCCGCUGGGGCCUCCUCGAGUGCUGGGAGCACUUCCACCCGAGCAUGACGUUCCCGCAGCAAGCGCAGCUAGAAGACGUGCACGUGGCCGCGUUUCCGUACAUGCCAUCCGCCAACGACCCGCGCGCGCUGUCGUGGGAGUCGCUCGAGGUGAAUUCCGCGGCGGCGCGGCUGUACGCCGUCAAUUCGGGCGCCGUGACGCUGUUCGCGGCCGUGGGCUACAGCGCCGUGUACGCGGCCGACGGGACCGAGGUGGCGAGCGUCGAGGCCGAUGUGGAUUGGGAUGAGCAGCCGUUGCUGUUCGCGUCGGUGAAUGCGAGUGCGUUUAGGAGGGAGGCGUAUGAUGUUGAUGGGGAGCAGAGCUGGGGCGUGUUGAAGCAGAUUGAGGGCGCGUGGCCUGCGGGCGUGCCGAAGGUGAACGGGACGUUUGUGGAGAAGAAGACGGUGUCGAUUGGGGAGUUGUUGGCGAAUAUACAGGAGUAG